AUGGCCACUACCACCGCUAUCACGAUCACUGCUUUUCUCGCCCUGAUCCUCGUGGGCAUGAUAAAUGCUUUGGCGGUCCCACGUCCGGAUAAAAGCCUCGAGAUCCACAAACUAGGAGCACAGGAUCUGGUCAAGCGCAACAUCACCGUCGGCACACAACAGCUCGACCUCAAUAUCGACCCAGACAUUGUCAACCCGAACUGCGGCGGAGUCUACCUUGCCAACAUCAACGUGCAGUUUGCACCUGACCCGUUCUACCUCACGGCAGCCUGCAACAAGGUGCUCAGCUACAUUGGAGGACCGAAGGGGAACAAAGAUGUCGACGUCGUCUUUGCUUGUCUCGCCCAACCCACAAGUGGCAGUGGAGACCGAGACAUAAAGGUCAUCUUGAACACGCAGGCCAAUUUCGUCCUGGAUGGCAGCCAGAGUGGCACCCAAAACAUCCCAGCAAACAUGGAGAUCACAUCCGAGAAUGACAACUUUUUCCUAUCGACAAGCGUCGAUAUCGGCGUCAAAGUCAACAGUGGUGCUGGCAAGGUGACUUUCCAGUACAUCUACUGUUGA